UAUUGAACUCUCCGUAAAAAACAAUUGUGGAAUUGGGUGUUGCAUUUGCUUCACAUCUGCUUUUUACCCGCAGAAGUAGAGGAUGCAGUGGAGAAAGACCCUUUCCUUCCCUUCUCCAGAUGAAGUUGUCCCAGUUCAAUGGCAGCGGCAGCGGCAGCAGCAGCAACAACAAGAAGUUGCUCUUUUUGUCUCCGAUCAGAGGACUCUCUAUUUGGUGAACAUUUUCAUUGUGAACAUGGUUCGUUUUUUGAAUCGAUUCUCAGCCCUCUGUGAGGAAAAACUCGCCCACGUCCACAGGAGAAUAUUGCAGUUAGAUGCUUCUCUUACACUACUAGAGGCACAGUUAACGAGCAUUGAUUGGAAUAAAAUUGAAGAGCAUUGUAGCAGGUCAGAAGAUGCUGGAUCUUCAAAAUAACCAAAUAUACAUAAUAAUCAUUUAUCUACGGAAAGUUCCUGCAGUAUGUUAAUCUGGGUUUAGUUUGAAUGUUUUCUUUUUUCUUGGUAUAUAGUUGUACCUUUUGCCUGAUGAAAGUAAUGUUCUUUUAUGAUUUUCCUACCCCAUCUUUAUGGUAGAAGUUACCCUAGUCA